CUAUAGUGAUACCUUGCCACUUCCUUGUCAACCAACAACAGCUAAUAGCCAACCCCAAGAUGUGCGACCCCAACACCAUUCUCGAGCUCAACACCCGUGGUAUCACGAUGUUUCGUGACGGCAAGCGUCAAGAAGCAAUGGACAACUUCCAGGCGUCCAUGGCCAACUUGUUGACGUACAUUACCAAGCAACACAAGAAGCAAUUGACCGAGUCACAAGGCGCUGUCAUCGCGAGUACUGGCAGUCCCAGCAACGACAAGGAUAGCAGCGACGUCGACAGCAGAAGCAGCCUGGAAUCCAGCAAGCGAUCCAGAGACAACGAGAAGGAAGAAGAGACUGAUGAAGUGGGUGAUCUGAUGCCUCCGCUCAAGAAGCAGCGUCAAAAGAGUGCUGCGCCUGCCGAAAGGGAUACUGCUGCUACUACCACCAGUAGUACUGUCCCACAAGCCCCCUCCUUGCCUCCGUCAUCAUCCACUGAUCCCUCGUCCCUCCUACAACUUCCCAGACAAACCCAAUCGUCUACUAGUAGUCAGUCUCCUGCUCCACAUGCCCUCGCCAUUCCCUUUGAAACUCCAACCUCUGAUACCUACCCAGAACACGUGGCUACCCUCUUCAAUCAAGUCCUCGUCUUUCCCCACGAACAGCAAGAUGACCAAUCAUCAUCGUCUGCUAACAGCACCUUGCCUCGGGAACACUACGAUAUCUUUUACGCCAGUCUCCUCUACAAUAUGGGCUUGGUCUUGCACAACUACGGACUGCAAUACUCGUGUGGCCAGUCCCUUCGCAAGGCAUUGGAAACCUACGAAGUGGCACAUGGAGUGCUCCUUCAUGACCUCCAACGACAAACCAACACAAGCAGCAGUAACAAUAGCUGUUGGGAUGUCCACCAUUGGCUCUUGUAUGCGCUCUUCAACAACAUGGCCAAUAUCUAUGCCUUUGCCAAUUCGCCCAUUAUGACCCAGUACUGCCUGGAACGCCUUCGAUGGGUGCUCGCGCAUUCCGAUAGCAAUCUCUUGCAACCACAGGAUUUGCUCUUUUUGGUGGUCAAUCUCGACGUCUUGGGGGCGGAUGGUCCGGGCAUUAUCGCGGCCGCAUCUGCAUAACUUAAAGUACCAACCAAAGUCUACUACUACUACUAUAGUUCAUAACCUCUACUUCCAAUCAUAACGAAUACUUCUUGAUAC